CGGCGCGCUGCGAUGAUGACUCAUAGCAAACGUACCAGGAAUCUCCAACACGCGUCUCGCGGAACAGAUUUUGUCAGAAAAUCGAGACUAAUCGCGAUCAUUGGUUUUCAGAGCUCUCUUUUUAUUAUCUCUUUAUUCGUUCUAGAAAUUUUCGGCGUUCGUGUUAUUGUACAGCGAGACAAAGCAUUGUUGCUUAGAUACAAGGCAACGAUGGAAGAGGGGUGCCGUGACGACUUUGAUUGUACUAAAGAACAGUACUGUUAUGGCGUUUCAAAACAAUGUGUAAAUUACACAGUUUGCAAAAGAUAUAAUCGUCAGGAAGGUCGAAAGCCUUCUAGACAUUCUUCACAGUGUGGGCCGUGCCUUCCAAAUUAUGUUAGUGAAGAACUUGGAACUGGAGAGCCGGCUGCAUUGUGCAGGAAAGCAAAUGAAAAUAUUCCAGAAAUUGGCAGAUUCAAUCAAACGUGGAUCAUAAUUACAGUAGUUGGAUCAAUUCUUUUACUGGUUAUAAUUGGUGUAAUAAUCUUCAAAACACGAAAAAAACGUAAGAAGAAUAACCUUGAAGUUUGUAGUGAUAUUUGUGCUAUGGAACCAAGUGCACCACCACCGGAAUUCAGUCCUUUCAUUGAUCAUAAAAAGGGUGUAUCGUAUGUGUUAUCCAACAACAAUAAGAAUUUAAAAGAUAAAAAUAAACUGGUAUCUGCAACUGCAUACAACCAACCAAAUUGGGUGAAAUCUAACCCUAAUUACGAAUAUAAUUUAAAUAAUAAUCAUGAUGAAGUGAAUGUACUGGAACAAUUACAUUCCACAUUUGAAACACCGCCAGCUAAUAAUAAUCCCAGUACAUGGACUCCAGAGCAGUUAACACAAGAAGUAGUAAUUCGAAAUGUAUCUGAAUAUGGAAUAGAACAAAUGGAUAAUAGUACCAAUGCGGCCAUUAUUGAAAGGAACAACUCCUCAUCUUCUAAUACAGCUGGGGAUGAUAAUACAAAUAAUAACAACAAUAGUACUAAUAGUAAUGCUUCAGCAUCAUCAUCAAACAAUACUCAAGAUGGUACAGAACGAACACGAGCUUCGAAUAUAUUGAUUGCUCAUGUAAAUGUAAAUUUGAACAAUGUAAAUGUGAGAAAUCGUGACUGUUAAUCUUCUAUAAGAUAGAAAUACCACAAUUUAAUAUUUUAUCAUACAGAUAACUAAUUUUGAAAAAGUGAACUGAAAUUAUCGACUAAACCACUAUUUUAAUAAUUGUACGGAAAAGUAAAAAGAUUGAAUAUUUUUUCAAUCAUUCUAGUUUGUUUUUAUUUAAAUUUUAAUAUUUCAAAGAAAGAAUUCAUUUAUAGAAGAUGAAAAAAUCAAAAUGACAAGUUAUGAAGAUUCUAGUCCUCACAAGUUGCAAAGCACAUUGUUAAGAGUUUUUUAAAUUAAUUUAAAAUAGAAUAACUAUCCUGCAUUCAUUCAAAUAUUUCAAACAAAUUUCCAGUGGAAUUCUCUGUAUUUAAACAGUUCUGAUUUGUAUGCUGUACAAAUUUGUGUAUGUUCUAAAUAUUAAGUAUCAUAGGUUAUUAUAAUUAUUAUUGAUAAUAUAAACACAUGGUCGUACACUUUAUGUUUAACAGAGAAUUCUUUCAGUACUGACAUUCAUUCUUAACGUGUUUGAUAACUGUUGCUGAGGAAAGUAUCUCUUGAUAUUGAAGAAUGAUCAAUAUCAUUUUUUUAUGUAUUAAAUAUUUAUAUAUAAUAAGUCAUAAAAUAUGGUGAUUUAUACUUUACUGAGUAACUAUUAUUGAAUUAUGUUUGAAAAAUGCAUUAGACAUUAGGUUAAGUUAUUAUCUACUCUUGGAAUCUUCGAAGUAGGUGCAUAUUGCAUCUGCAUUAUGUUUAUUACACGUAUAAUAUCGUAUCUACGUAAAAUCACAGUUUAUAAUAUUUUAUACUUAUAUACCAUUAUAAUAAACAUUUUGGUAACAUAUCAGUGAUUAAUAUCACACCUUACUCGACAUCCGCUCUGUACACGACUGUUCAAUGUUUGCCUUUCAAAGGUAAAGUGCAUGUGAUUAUAAAUAUGAUCUCUGUUAAAAUACUUGUAAUAAUAAUGUUAUAAAACUAUUAUAAAAUACAUGAAUUGAAUAAAAAAAU